UCGCUUUCCAACCAACCUUUGUCCAAUCAACCCAUCGCAAUUAGAAACCAUUACGACUUGGAACGAGCAGUCGGGAUGGCCAGACUUUUGCACUAUGCUUUUGAGGCGGUUCUAUUGAGUACUGCGUUUUCGGGGGCACGGCGUGCGGCCGGCGUCGAUUUCAACUAUCAAAGGAUAGAAAACGAAACCUUGCGGAGUGCGGUUGGACAGUACUUGCGAAUUGGGGACUGGGUGAUCGACACAUCAGCGGACCAGCUCAAAAAGACGCCGGGCUACUUUGUGUCCUCAAAACGGUAGCCACAAGCGAGUCUGGGACAUAUCUACAAAAUUUCGGACAUCCGAUAGAAGAGAAUCCUGUGCAGUGAUCACUAUGGCCCUAUGUGUAUUGUAAUAAAUAAAUACAAAUGUAAGAAACUAUUUACAACAUCCUAA